GAAUACAUUUCUACAGAAUAAGCUGACCUUAGUUUUCCUGGGAGGACAGUUCACAUACAUGCUGUGGUGCAUUUAGGAGGACUGCGCUAUCCCAGGAUUCUCCUUGAUGUUGUACACUUUAGCGGGAGGGGGCACCCUCUGCGGGGUGGCCUCCCUUGUGCUUCUCAUCGUCUCCACGGCGACUGACUUCUGGAUGCAGUACCGCUACUCUGGCAGCUCAGCCAAUCAGGGCCUCUGGAGGUUUUGCAUAAAUCACAAGUGCCACGCCCACACCAUCACCGUGGCCUUCUGGGAUGCGACGCGGGCCUUCAUGCUGCUGGCCGUGCUGAGCUGCUUCGCCGGCGUGGUCCUGGGGCUCAGCGCCUUCGCCAACGGCACCAACAGCAGGAGGGUGCGGACCGGGGGCAUCGCACUGAUCCUGUCAGGUUUCCUCGCCCUGCUGGCCCUGUCCGUCUACACGGGGGUGACGGUCACCUUCUUUGGCAAGCGCUUCCUGGACUGGCGUUUCUCCUGGUCCUACAUCUUGGGCUGGGUGGCCAUCCUUUUCUCCUUUGCUGCAGGUAUGUUCCAGCUCUGUGCCUACCAGAAGAAUGUUGCAGAACCAGCCCCUCCCAAUAUCCCCGACAGCUAAGAUGAAGAGACGUCUACCUGCGCAGAACCACCAGACAGCUACUCACACGCAGUCUGACAUCCCCACCGGCUACCCUAGUACUGGAACUAGGACAUAGGAACUGGUUUCCAAGACCAGUGUCCUGGAAAAUGUGCUGAAUAGAAUAAAAUGGU